AGGGACGAUUUCUAAACGCCGCCAGCCCCCCACCGCGCCAAGCCUGCACGCCGCCACGCCUCCGGUCCGCUCACUCAGCUGAAUCGCUCGGAGCUCGUACUCCUCGCAACGCUUGCUGAAGUGCUGAACCAGGGUCCCCAUAUUCUCAAACCAACCCUGGGUAUGGCUCAGCCCCUCCAAACCCUAAACCCUACGAACACCCAUCACAAAAACCUCACUCUGGCAAAGAAUCAUCUGAGGAUUUCCUUCUUUUCAUCACCAUCAUCAUCUUGCAAAGUGUUUCCAACAAUGAAGAACAAAUACCCAUUAAUACGUGCAGCAUCGUCAAUGCCGCCAUCAAACCAUCAAGAAAAGCAAAACAUUCCGACCCUGGAUGCCUUAGUCAACGGCAAUAGUAAGGAGGAAAUCAUGCUUUCCAUAAGUAACUCGCUUUCCAAUUGUCUGUCCGAGACCCAUCUUGAUUUAACUGUCCCCGGUCUCAAAACCAAGACCCGUGGCAAGGUUAGGGAUAUAUACGAUGGAGGGGAUUAUCUCGUCCUGGUGACCACUGACCGUCAAAGUGCAUUUGAUAGGAUUCUUGCUUCUAUUCCCUUCAAGGGCCAGGUGCUGAAUGAGACUAGUUUAUGGUGGUUCAACAAAACUCAACACAUUAUUCCCAACGCAGUGGUAGCAUCACCCGAUAAGAAUGUCACCAUUGCAAAGAAGUGUUCAGUUUUCCCUGUUGAAUUUGUUGUUCGAGGAUAUGUGACAGGAAGCACUGAUACAUCACUGUGGACAGUUUACAAGAAUGGGGUUCGAAACUAUUGUGGCAAUGUCCUCCCAGAUGGCUUAGUGAAAAACCAAAAAUUGUCAGAAAACAUACUUACUCCAACUACUAAAGCUGCAGAUCACGAUGUCCCUGUAACACCCGAUGAGAUAGUUCAGCAGGGGCUAAUGACAAAAGCUGAUUAUGAUGAAGCAAGUAGGAAAGCUUUGAGGUUAUUUGAGUUUGGGCAGCGUGUUGCAUCCGAACACGGCCUAAUGCUGGUGGACACAAAGUAUGAAUUCGGGAAGGGGGCAGAUGGAACUGUUCUUUUGAUCGACGAGGUGCAUACACCUGACUCAAGCAGAUACUGGAUUGCCCCAUCAUACCUUGACCGCUUUCGGGAUGGUCUAGAGCCUGAAAAUGUUGACAAGGAGUUUUUGAGGUUGUGGUUUAAAAAUCAUUGCAAUCCAUAUGAAGACGAGGUUUUGCCUGAGGCUCCGGAAGAACUUGUGACUGAACUGUCUUGGCGUUACAUUUUCUUGUUUGAGACGAUAACAAGAACAAAAUUUAAGCUUCCUUCCACAAAGGAGCCUAUCCAUGAUCGGAUUUCCAGAAAUGUGUCACGAGCUCUGUCAUCUCUGUUAUAAAACAGAAUUGACGAUAAAGAGGAGGGAUGACUUUUUCUUUUCUGUAUUUUAAUACAAUAUCAACACCCAAACACCCUAAAUAAAGAAGGAAUCUGACACAAGAAGACUGCCAUUUCUGAAGAUUCAGCAGUUAGAAAAGUUUUGAGGAGAUUGAGCAGAAGGGAUCAAGUUGCUUUAUCGUCAGUCAAGCAUUGUAAAGACAACCGGGAACCUCUAUAUGGGACCGAGGGAGUAUCAAGUAACUUUAAAAGCCUCUCUAAUUUGUUUACAUGCAGAUUACCAUUUUGACUUCGGAGGCAACACCUAGUCCGCAACUUAUCAUCCGAACCUAAAUUUUUACAGUGGGAGUAAGGAUUUGGGGUUUGGGUAAAAUGGCCUCCCGCCAUAAGAAACUGAUCUCUUCAUCUUGACCGCCGGCGCUUUAUGUAAAGACUCUUCAGUUGAACCUCCGGUCGCCAAUUUCAAAGCUCUUGAAUUCUUGAAUCCUGAAUCCGUUACCAACCCAAGGGUAUAUAAAGAAACUGAAGAAUCUAUUGAAAAACACCGUUUGAGCCCCGAAACCCCACCACCGCCGUCAGAUUCAAGAAUUCUGACCCCGUGUUCUUGAUUUUCCGAUCCAUCGUCGAUCGGGACUCCGUCUUCCUCCGGUGAGCCAUCAGGGACAAUGGAGGCCCGGCAAAAAGGGCAGUUUGUGUGGGAACUCAGCCAAGUGUCGAUGCAGGUCAUAUGGAAAACGUGGUUGCAUUUCGGCAGCCGCCGGAGGGUAUCGCCGUCCUGAAAAUCGCUCAGGCAAACAGGGCACUCUGUUUUUCCGAUCAAACUCUCUCCUUUCUUGUAGUUCAAAACGGAGAUCGAACUGAUCACCGCCGCCGGGAGCCCGAUGGUGCGGAUGUACCAGGCGGGGUGAUCGAUCAUCGGGUCCAAAUCCUCCGGUGCUCGGUCCGGACGUGCCCGUCUCCACCCGGUGCAGUUCCUGAUGAUGAUCAUGUAGUAACAGAGGAGGAUGAGGAAGCUGGCGAGUAGGGCGGCGGCGAUGAUUAUGUAGGGAGAGAUGAUCAGAACGUGUCGGAUCGACGACGGCGAAAAUUGGUCCGGGUACGGAUAUGGGUUACACCCAUUUUGACACGUGAGGUCACAGCUGCCAUUGAAACAGCUAAUGGUUUGAUCUAAUGCUAAGAGCUUUCUGUGCUUUGCGGCCAUGGAAGAAGAAGGAAGGAUUUUCAAGCGGUUACCAAUGGAAAUAAACAUAAACUUUUGGUACAGUUAUUUAUUUACAUCAUAUUGCUUGAAUUUUGAAAUGGUGGAAGGAAGAAAGAUUAAAUGGUGAUAUCAUCAUAUUGUUGAGGAAUAAAGUUGUGCUAUGUUUGGUAACUGGUAAGGUUCAUAGUAUUAAAGAACAAUAACAUUCCAUUUAGUCAAACCUUGAUUCGGUUGACUAUUUUUCAUAAGGAUGUUAGAUAUUUAGAUAACCUAAAAAAAC